GAAGAAGACUUAUUCGACAGAAAAUUCGCGUUGGUUUUGUUUUUCCUGAAGCUAUUGCAAUUUUAUCAAUAAAAGAGGACGUCUACAGCAGCCAUGCCAGCUCUAGAUGCGGAAGCCACCGAGGAGCAGUUCGGCAACGACCAGCCCAAGUCGAUGUCGGGCCCCAUCGUCGGGAUUAUCUACCCGCCGCCGGAAGUCAGAAAUAUCGUUGACAAGACCGCCAGUUUCGUGGCCCGCAAUGGACCGGAGUUCGAGGCACGCAUCCGGCAAAAUGAGCUGGGCAACCCGAAGUUCAACUUCUUGAAUGGCGGGGAUCCCUACCACGCCUACUACAGGCACAAGGUCAACGAGUUCCGCGAGGGCAAUGAUGCCGGAAUCACUGCCAUUGCGGGCAUGAAGCAGCUGGCGGUGACCAGUGCCGCCCAACAGCGCCAGCAGGAGCUGCUCAAGCAGGUGGUGGAGCAGCAGUUCGUGCCCAAGGAACCGCCGCCGGAGUUCGAGUUCAUCGCCGAUCCACCCUCCAUUUCGGCCCUGGAUUUGGACAUUGUGAAGCUCACCGCCCAAUUUGUGGCCCGUAAUGGCCGUCAGUUUCUGACCAACCUGAUGAGCCGGGAGCAGCGCAACUUUCAAUUCGACUUCCUGCGGCCGCAGCACUCGCUCUUCCAGUACUUCACCAAGCUUCUGGAGCAGUACACCAAAGUGCUCAUACCGCCCAAGGAUCUGCUGGGCAAGCUGCGCGCCGAAAGUGCUCCGGGCAGGAGCAGCAUGAACCUGGUGCUGGAGCACGUGAAGUACCGGGCCAACUGGCAGCGCCACCAGGAGGCACAACGUCGUCGCGAGGAGGAGAAGAUCGAGCGAGAGCGCGUAGCCUAUGCCCAAAUUGACUGGCACGACUUUGUGGUGGUGGAGACCGUGGACUAUCAGCCAUUCGAGUCUGGCAACUUCCCGCCACCCACGAAUCCGGAUGAGGUGGGCGCGCGAGUGCUUAUGGAGGAGCGCCUGAUGGACGAGGAGGGCGACACGGAGAUGCAGAUCGAAUCGGACGACGAGGGUGACGCGCAGGUGCCCAGCCACCUGGAGAGCGGACUGAAGCUGUCACAGAUGGAGAACCGCGUGGGAAUUCAGAUGAAGAACGUGUCGUCUUACGGCCAGCCUACGGGCGCCAAGAGGGACAACACCCAGGUGCAGGACAUGGACGAGGCUUCCAGCGACGAGGACACACCGACGACCAAGCUGCAGCCAGCUGUGGCGCCCAUGCUGCCACCCACCCACGACAAGGUGGUGGUCAAGAAAUACGACCCCAAGGCGACGCAACCAAAGGCGGCACCCAUGCCGACAGACGAGUAUCUUAUUUCGCCGAUCACUGGAGAAAAGAUCCCGGCUUCCAAGGUCUCGGAGCACAUGCGCAUUGGUCUUCUAGAUCCACGCUGGGUGGAGCAGCGCGACAAGCAUACCGUGGAGAAAAUCAAUCAGGACAACGUCUUUGCCGCAGGAACAGCCAUCGAGGCUAGUCUUAAGCAGCUGGCCGAGCGUCGUACGGAUAUCUUCGGUGUGGGCGAUGAGGAGACGGUCAUUGGUAAGAAGCUGGGAGAGGAGGAGACCAAGAAGGACGAUCGCGUCACCUGGGACGGACACACGUCCAGUGUGGAGGCAGCAACGCGAGCGGCACGCGCAAAUAUCACGCUAGAGGAACAAAUCCAUCAGAUCCACAAGGUUAAGGGACUGCUGCCAGACGAGGAGAAGGAGAAGAUCGGACCCAAGCCGGUGGGCAGCAAGGCCACGCUCUCAGCCCCGCCGCAGCCAUCAACCAAGUCGCAGCACAGUCACUCCAGCCAGAGUCAGCACCACCAAGGUGGCGGAGGAGGUGGUCAUCACGGGCACCACAAUAUGCACCACCACCAUCCGCCGCAUCAGCCGGCACCGCCUCAUCAAUCGCACCACCACCAUCCGCCGCAGCAGCAACAGCCGGUGAUGCAAUUGAUGUCACUGCGUCCGCAAAUGAUCCAACCCCCAUUUGGAGCUGGUGGAGGAGGCUACAUGAACAUGCAACCUGGCGGAGGUCCACCGCAAAUUGCACCUGCUCCACCUAUUGACAUAAUGGAGGAGGAGCCGCCAUCCAAAAAGAUGCGCAGCGAGGACAACCUAAUUCCAGAGGCAGAGUUCAUUGCCACUCACAAGAGCCCUGUAACAAUUCAGGUUCUGGUGCCCAAUUCUGACAAAUCCGAGUGGAAGCUUAAUGGCCAAAUGAUCGCCGUGACCAUGGCACUCUCCGAACCGAUUACCAAUCUCAAGACGAAGCUGCAGGAUGAGACUGGCAUGCCACCGGCGAAGCAGAAGAUCUUUUACGAGGGAAUGUUCUUCAAAGACAGCAAUACCAUGGCCUUUUACAAUCUUGUGAAUGGCACCACAGUGCAUUUACAGGUCAAGGAGCGUGGUGGCCGCAAGAAGUAGGGAGGAUCAAAGAAUUACGCAAUACCAGACACAAUUAGGAAUGCUCCAUACGUAGAAAUUUAUUUGUAUAUGGUGUUUCGCAUAAAUUUGUAAUAAAUUGUCAAUCACAGAA